AUGGGGAACGGGAAGUUUGGUGGUCAUUUCUACCCAGGUUUAUACAUUUUCUUUUAUGGCCUUUAUCAGGCAAUGGUGGUCUCCAAGGCCAUGAUAGUCAAUGACUCGCCCGUGUAUCUCUCAUACCUUCCCAAGAAUAAAAAGAGAUGUUCCAAGCUGUGGAAAAUACCCUAUGGAGGCUGGCUGAAGAUAGUGACUGGUGCCCUCUUAACGUUUUAUGUGAUCAUCUGUCUUGACGAUGGGAUGGUGUUGGUUAACAAGGAGAUGCCUCCGCGGUUUAUGUACCCUCAGGAGUGGCAGCACCUCACCAUGUUCAUCCUCCUCACCCUAGACGGUUGUGUAGAUGUCAUGAGCAAGAGCGUGCUGCGGCAGAGGUGCGUGGUCCUAGAAAAAGCUGCCACGGUCCUGGGCAUCUACAUUCUCCUGCUGCUGCUGGUGACUCAUGUUCAAGUCUCAUCAAAGGUGGAGCUGCAGGUUCACUCCCUCCUCAUCCUGGUGGUGCUCCUGCUGAUGCUGGUGUUGACGGCAGAGCUGUGGGCCUGCGAGUCCUUUCGCCUCCAGCUCGUCAAGAACUUUCUGUUCCUGAUGAUGGGCUCCUGGUUGAUGCACACGGGCUUUAUUCUGUUUAGACCGGUCUCUGGCUUCCCGUGGAAAGAUGAUGACACCAGUGACAUCGUGUUUGUCACCACCUUCUUCUGCUGGCAUGUGAUGACCAAUGCCUUGUGCCUGUUGGGAAUCUACGGCAUCUCCUUCUUCUGGCACUGUUGUUACAGUCCCAGCUUGAGGCUGAUGGGGUCUGAGGAAGCGCUGGAUCACGAGAGCUCUUCAGGAAGCUUCUGCAAGCUGCUGCCAGAGGCAAAGCAGCAGGACAGAGAUGAGCAGGCUCUUCAUUCAAUGAGCUGUCCCUAA